CCUACGAAACAACGACAAUUUCGGUUUCUUUACCAAAACGCGGCACUAAUUUAAUACCCCGAUAAUUUAAUUCGGUUUUAAAAUUUUACUCCGUUUUUUUAAUUCGUUAAUUAAUUUAUUAAUUUAUGUCCCCUCUCUCUCCUCUUCCUUUUUUGCUUUUAGUUUUGGCUUUUUAUUUCGCCCCCAUUUCCAUUCCUUCCCUUUUGCUCUUGCUGCUCCUCUUCUCCUCGCUUCGUCUUCUUCCUCCUCUCGCCUCUUCGUUGCGAGUAGAGAGAUUUUUGUUGUGAUUUUUGAGGGAAUAUUUUUGGAUUUUUGGUUUAUUUUUGUGUGGGUUUUUUUGGAGGUGUAUUUAUUUUGUUUUUUUGGUGGUGAUUUAUUUUUGAGAGGUUUUAAGGGAUUAAGGGAGGUGUGUGAGGAAGAUGGGGUUAGUGUGUGUGAGCUCCAAUGGCGAGAGCUCGUGGCGGAAACCCUACUAGGUUGAGGAGGAGGAGGAGGUCGUCGUCGCGCUCGCGUGUGGACCAUGGAGGCCAAGUCGGGGGAAGCGAGCGUUGCGCCGGUGGCCGUGGCGACCGAGGCAACGGCGGCGACGGUGAGCUUCCAGCCGCAGGCGGCGGUGGCCGAGCAGGGUAGCUCGAGCGGUGGUGUGCUGGUGCCGCCGCCGCCUAUGGCGGCGGGAGGAGGAGGAGUUGUGGUGGCGGCGGCGCCGGUGGCGGGGGUGGUGAAGGUGGGGAAGAAGAGGGGGAGGCCGAGGAAGUAUGGGCCGGACGGGAGCCUGAUCCGGCCGCUGAACGCGACGCCGAUCUCGGCGUCGGUACCCAUGGCGGCCUCCGCGGUGGGGCCCUACACGCCGGCGUCGGCGGUGGGCGCCGCCAUGAAGCGCGGGAGGGGUCGCCCCCUCGACUUCGCCUCCACGGCCAAGCUCCAUCACCACCACCAACACCAGCACCAUCACCAGCAGCAGCAGUUCGGCUUCCACUUCGACUCCAUUGGUGAAAUGGUGGCUUGUUCUGCUGGUGCGAAUUUUACUCCUCACAUCAUCACUGUUGCUCCUGGAGAGGAUGUGACUAUGAAGGUCAUAUCAUUUUCUCAACAAGGACCACGAGCUAUCUGUAUUCUAUCUGCUAAUGGUGUGAUAUCAAACGUUACACUGCGUCAACCUGAUUCCUCGGGUGGCACAUUAACUUACGAGGGACGUUUUGAGUUGCUAUCUUUGUCUGGAUCGUUUAUGCCUACUGAAAACAGCGGAACACGGAGUCGGUCAGGUGGGAUGAGCGUUUCUCUUGCCAGCCCAGAUGGCCGUGUUGUCGGUGGUGGAGUUGCUGGCCUUCUGGUGGCAGCAAGUCCUGUUCAGAUUGUUGUCGGAAGCUUCCUACCAAGCUAUCAAAUGGAACAGAAGAAUAAGAAGCCUAGGGUGGAAGCGGCACCCGCCCUUGCACAGACUCCUCCUGCUGUUCCAAUCUCUAGUACCGAUACGCACAGCAGCGAGCAAGGGCAGCACAGCUCCGUCGCCCCAAGAACAACAAACAUCGUAACCUCAGCAUACAACCCAGACCAGAGCUGGGCAUCUCCUGCUCAGUCGAUACCUGACAGCGCGAGAACACCAUCGGGCGAUGUGAAGGUCACCGCCUCUGGAGCCUGAAACUGAGAUGAACUGACCAGGAUCCAUGAAAUUCCUGGUCUGUCACUGCUGCAGCCGCACACCAUGAUCGCCGGUGGCGGCCAAAGAUGGCUUCAUUUCUUUCUGACUUGUAAAAGAUGUAUCUGAGUUCCAGUAGGUUUUCCAUCUUCAGGCAGAAGAGUCUAACUGCAAUUGCUGUAGCUGUCCCGAUAUUAGUCACUGUUUAAGCAUCAGGCUACCCUGCUUCCUUGUAACACCAUGUCGGUCUUAUUGGAGAUUGGAGAGUUCUGUAGUUACAAAAUUGUACUAUUAGUUCUGUGUGUGUGUGUGUGUGUCUCUAGGCUUCUUUUUCAUUUUGUUGGAUUACUCCACUUAAUUUGCUCCUGGUGUACCCCUUAUUAAAUUAGCAUUAGAAUUUUUUUUCACUCUAAUUAACUGUUGUCUAAACUGUACACAUGUUGUUAAUCUUCGUA